UUGUGCAGUGCUGGGCCUCAAGCAUGUAAGCAAGUGCUCCACUACUGAGCUCCAUCCCGAGGUGCGUUCUUAARUCAGUCAAUCUCGGUGCAGAUUCCUCAUCCUGACCUAAAGGGAAGCAGGGCUUUCAAAGCAAUGCUUGGCAGAGUGCGUACCACACCCACGGGGCCCACGCCACACGAGGAGGGCCCACCAGCAGAAGAAACGGAGGUCGCCCGCCCCACGCGGCGGAGCCGGAUUGCCGGGAUAGCGUCGCUAGCGAGGAGACCUGGGCAGCGGACGGCCGAAGAAGGUGGUGAUCUAGGACUGUCACUCUCUCGCCGCAGGGGCUGUUUCAUUUAGGCGAACCCAAGCACACUUCCUUCACAAGAAGUUAACAAAUACUAUGUCCCGGCACGUUCUCUACUCUAUUCUGUAUUAACCUGUGCAACUCGACCGCCGCCUAUUAGAGGAAGCCCUCAGCGACAUCUAGGGUCUCCGGAUUCCGCGCAAACAGGCGUGUCAGCCCAUCCGGGCGUCUCGCGCACGCAGGCAGGAGCGCGCACGCCGUCGCGUCACGCGCCACGCGCGUCCCCGGUCCGGCGCGCUCCGGGCGGAAGUGAGGUCUGUGGCUCCGGUGCUGCGCAGCGUCGGAGUGGAGCGCGGGCUGCGGAGAGGCGGGUCGGGCGGAGCAGAGCAAACGCGAGUGCGGCCCCCGAGCGGCGGCGGAGACGCGGGCCGAGCGGCUCAGUCCGCAUCGGAACAGGCCUCCGUGGCGCUAACCCUCGCCUUGACCCUCGACCCAUCCCGCCCAGGCGGGCGAGCGCUGGUUACCCAGGCCCAGGCCGCCUCGCGCGGCUCGUUCUUGAAAUCAUGAAUCCCGUUUAUAGCCCUGGAUCUUCUGGGGUUCCCUAUGCAAAUGCCAAAGGAAUUGGUUAUCCAGCUGGUUUCCCCAUGGGCUAUGCAGCCGCAGCUCCUGCCUAUUCUCCUAACAUGUACCCUGGAGCGAAUCCUACCUUCCAAACAGGGGAAAUAUCUGGAGGUGGAGUUGCUGGGUGCUGUGGUUACACUCCUGGCACACCUUACAAAGUGUCCUGUUCCCCCACCAGCGGGGCCGUGCCGCCAUACUCUUCUUCCCCCAACCCCUACCAGACUGCUGUGUACCCCGUGCGAAGUGCCUAUCCCCAGCAGAGCCCUUACGCACAGCAAGGCACGUACUAUACACAGCCACUGUAUGCAGCACCUCCUCACGUCAUCCAUCACACCACGGUGGUGCAGCCCAAUGGCAUGCCGGCAACAGUGUACCCUGCUCCCAUCCCUCCUCCUAGAGGCAAUGGGGUCACCAUGGGCAUGGUUGCUGGGACCACGAUGGCCAUGUCAGCAGGUACCCUUCUGACUGCCCAUUCCCCAACUCCUGUUGCCCCUCACCCAGUCACUGUGCCCACGUAUCGGGCUCCAGGAACACCCACCUACAGCUAUGUGCCCCCUCAGUGGUGAUCACCCUGCAAAUAAAUGUUUGCGGAUGGAGCUGUGCAGUCACAUCAUUGAGGUUCCACAGCUGGUGCUGCAGGCCUUGUGCCUCCAACCAGGACUUUCUUCUUAAUGCUCUCACACUUAGCUAAAUACGACUGUCCCGGCCCAGCAGGUCCCAGUGCCGUUAGUCUCCAGCUAACUCCGUGGGUUGGUCUUAAAGCAAAUCCUGUUUUGUGGACUUGCCUGGCAAUUUUUUAGCUAACUGUAAUGAUAAAAAGGGAGUAUUAAUCUAUUCUGAAUCAUAUCUAGUUGAAUGCAUGUUUAAAAAAAAAACAAACACAAAAACAAAGCUUGCUCAAUCUACCUGCAGUGACUGAUGCAAAACCAUCUUAUGCAAAACCCAAAGGAAUGGAAACAUAUUUUACAACUGUUUCACUAAUGCACUGUUGUAUGCAAAGUCUUAAAGUUAUAAGUGUUAAAGUGAAUAUGUUCAUAGAGCAUACCUGAAAUACCUUAGAUGAUUCUUCAACCUUUUGGGGUUGAUGUAGGUUGCCGCUUCUGGAUGUGGACUUUAGUUUUCAGCGAUCUGUUUCUUUGGCACUGACUGCAUGGGAGGGAGCUGCAGGGAUGGGAAGAGAGUGGGCGGGCCACUGUGGUUUGGGAUCAGCCAAUUAGUGGGCAUCCCUUUCUUUCUGUGUAGGCUUGGCAGGGUCCAGGGAAAGGGGACAUGCUUAAAGACCAUCAUGGAAGAUUAGAGUUGUGUGGUCAGUAUAGUUAGGGGCAAAGGGGUUUUCUACAUAUCAGCAAAACAAUUUUCCUUGCCAUCUAAAUUUCCAAUACACUGUCUGUUCUCUUACAGAGAAGGAAGAUUUUUUGUAUAU